AUGGUUUCUUUCUGGCCCUUCAAGGGUCACGACUCUACCUCGGCAGCGUCAUUCGAAAAGCUGCUCUCGUCCCUCUCAUCCAAGAUCAACAAAGAAAGCGCCCGCAAUGACCGUCUGCACCAACAACAGCGUCGCUAUAAAGUUCUCUGGACUCUGUAUACCAGCUUUGCCUACAUCCUCGCCGCUGCCAUCCUCGUCUUGGUCACCGGCCUGUCAAACUGCUCGGCUGUAGAAUAUACUGGCCUGGCCGCUUCUCCUCUUCUCAUCUAUGCCGUCAGGACAGCCCUUGACGCCUUCUUCAACUACCGUCUCGCCUCAAGCCAGUCCUACCUCAACCACCUGAACAAACAACGCGACGAUGCCAUCUCAAAGCUCAAAGAAGCCACAAAGUACAACUCCACCCAGCAACUGCUGGACAAGUACGGCGGCUCCACGCCCACAAAGUCGCCUCAGCAAAAGUCGAAUCUGCAGCAAUCCACUCCCACUAAGAAGCAGCAGUCUGCUCCCGUCAAGAGAACAGGCCUGCCUCCACCGCCUACAGCAAAUAUUCCUGGUCGCCAAUUGCCUCCCUCUUUCCAGCCCAUGACUCCUCCCCAAGGCGCUCCUCAGUUUCAGUCUCUGCCUCCGCAACAACCUCAACGCGAGCCCCAAGCCGACUUCGCCCCCAACGCCUUCACCGCUCCCACCCCACGCGACCAACCCGCCUACGCUUCCUCGGGCCCUCGCUGGUACGACAGAAUCCUAGACAUUGUCCUCGGCGACGACGAAACCCUACCCAAAAACCGCAUCGUGCUAUUGUGUCGCAAGUGCCGCUUGGUCAACGGUCAAGCCCCUCCCGGCACACGUUCUUUGGAAGAACUGGGCUCGUGGAGGUGCAAGGAAUGUCACGCUCUCAACGGCCAAGACUCGGAAGCCAAAGCAAUGAUUAGAGAGAUUGCUGGAGAGUCUACCGUCACUGAGGGUGCAAAGGAGAUGCAGGAGGUCCAGGGCGCUGAGAAACUGGCUCAAGAUCAGGUUGCUGACGUGGAUGAUGUUGUUGAUGAUGAAGAAUCGGAAGAGGAGAAAACAGUUUCUACCCCUGCCACCUCUACUAGAAGUAAAGUCAGGCAGCGCAAGAAGUAG